UUGAAAACCUUGGAGCAAUGUAAUGUAAGUUGUCAUUGUUGAAGGGUCUGAAAUCGAGUAAUGGAAGCGACCUUCUCUUCAACAACGACAAGAGGAUACUGGAAUCAGGCACGUCCUUGGCCAGAACCUUUGUUGCUGAGAACAGUGGAGCCUCGCGAUCGGAAUCCGUUUUCAGUCUCCAUCGCGCGCCCUAGCAAGUUUCUGCAGCUGUCACUUCCUCAAACCAGGAACAGGAAUGGUUCUAUCUUUAAGGUUUUAUCUGCCGAAAAGGAACAAGUUCAUGUUGUAGAGAGAAGUAAUGUUGAUGAGUUAUAUGAUGAAUUGGUCUCACGACUUCUUCCUUCGGUUUUAUUGUCAUCAAAUCCUAAUGACAAGCUUUUAGUUGGCCUGGCUGGUCCUCCAGGUGCUGGAAAAAGCACCCUAGCACAUGAAGUAGCCAAACGUAUAAACAAAAUUUGGCUAGAGAAAGAUUCUUCCUUUGACUCUGAGGUUCAACUUCCUGAUGUUGCUAUUGUGGUUCCCAUGGAUGGUUUUCAUCUUUAUCGUGCUGAGCUAGAUGCAAUGGAGAAUCCUAACGAAGCACAUGCCAGAAGGGGAGCUCCCUGGACAUUCAAUCCAUUGCGACUACUUACAUGUCUCCAGAAUCUAAGAAUUCAUGGAUCUGUUUAUGCCCCGUCGUUUGACCAUGGUGUUGGAGACCCAGUGGAAGAUGAUAUCUUUGUGAACAUUCAGCACAAGGUUGUUAUUGUAGAAGGUAACUAUUUGCUCUUGGAAGAUGGGGUAUGGAAGGAGAUAUCAUCUUUGUUUGACGAGAAAUGGUUUAUUGAUAUUGACAUUGACAAAGCAAUGCAGCGAGUUUUAAAGAGGCAUAUUUCAACUGGUAAACCUCCUGACAUUGCUAAACAGCGGAUAGAGAACAACGAUAGGCUCAAUGCAGAACUUAUAAUGAAGUCCAAGAAAAAUGCUGAUAUAGUAAUUAAGUCAGUUGAUUUCUGAGGAAUCUGUUCGUGCUAAGUCAAGCCCAAGCAGAGCAUUGUAUUCUUAGAAGGAUGUGUGUAAUAAAAGAAUUGUCCUUGUGAUUUUUCAUUGUCCAACAAACUGACUUUAAAAAAAAAAAAAAAUUAUUAUACAACAGAUCUUAGUGCAUUUAUUUAUUUAUUUUAAUUUUUUUUC